AUGGAAUUUGAAAUAAACCUUUAUCAAAACGAGGAAUUUAAAAUUCCAUUCCAUUUGUGGAUCACUCAAAUUGGACAGGACAUCAGACUUGAGUACAGAGAUGAGAAUUCAAUUCCUUUCAUAACUGAUUUAUUAAAUUCGUUUCAAUCAAUUGCUGUACCAAGUAAUUCAGAAAAUAAACUCGAACUUAAUGGCGUAGUAUCACGUAAAAUCGAAUUUAAGGAUUCUAAAGGUUUAACAAACUUUCUUUCCUUUUUAUCCAAAGUUGUAAAGAUGUUUCCAGAUUCCCCAUUCUCUUUUCAAUUAUCCCCUUUGAAGGAACAACAAUCUAAAGACACAAAACAAUACAUUCCUCACGAUUCAAUCGAAUUUAAAGAUAAUGUCGAAUAUUUCUUCAAAUUUUUAGCUGAAAACGAUGACGAAUUCAUGUGGCAUAAAUCUAUUCCUAUUACUACCGAAGAUAUCAAUAAUUUAUUGCUAUCAAAAUCUUCUCACAUUGCUUUCUCUGCUUUUGAGUUCGAUGCGAAGUCAUAUCAAUACUUAGUUACGAAAUGUAUUAUCAAAUCAGAUUUAGAACAAAAUUUCAAAAAAUAUUUAGAAAUUAAAGAUUUUUGGUCUAAAAUUACGAAAUUUCAAUGGAAUAAUAAUAAGAACUUACGAACAUACGUUCAAGAAGUUGAAGGAUCCCUUCAACAAUGCAAUAUUAAGUCAAAUGUAACGAAAGAAAUUAUAUUUAACGUUUUGAUUUCAUUUUUCUUUUUCAGAUAUGAGCAAAUAAUGUCUCAAAAACUGUUUAAAUUAGCUCUUUUGUUUACCAAGAGUUUUAUUUCAGGCAGUGUUGGUAACCAAAUUUAUCUUCAUUCAGGAGAAAAAACAAAUUCGAAUUUUGCAGAAUCUUUGAUCUUCUGGAGCCUCCAGAACUUCACAAGCUCUUUUUCUGAUCCAAGAGAGAACACUAUGAUCUUUUCCAACAAACUUUUCUUCACAGAUGCAAGUAUGAACUUAUUAAAGAGAUUUUGUCCAGCAGUUGCUGAAACUCUUCAAAGUUUUGAUACACAAUCACUUUCUUAUGCUGCAACUUCUGUUUUGAGCUUCUUUGUCGAAACAAAAUCUGAUGAUGACAUAAAAUUGUUACUUGUAACGAUCGCAUCGUGCAAGAAACCACUUAUUUUCUUCCGUGUUCUUUUAUGUACACUUCUUAAUGAGGUUUCUGUCCUUUUAAACGAAACAAAAUCAACUCAACGCCAAAUUGAACCAAUUAUUGAUGCAACUAUUCAAAGAAUAAAUAUGAGACUAUUCCUUGCCAAUGCAGAACGCUUGUUUGCAUUCAUGGAACCACUUAUAAUCAAAUUUCAAGAAUAA